GUUUCCAUGCGAUUCCGCACGUGACAACCUCUAUUACACAACCCCUCUCCAAUUCCAUCUCGCCACGUGUCCUUCAUCCUCGAUAUACCUUCCAAAAAUACGACUAGUGAUGACUAUCAAAGCAACCGCUAUCAUUCAUACACUCAUCAUGACACACACUUCAAAACUUUCUCAUUCAUCAACGUAGAUAUUUUCCCUUCCCAUUCUGCCGAAGAUUCCACUCUCACAUUUCACCGAUUCAUCAAAAGAAGAAAGAGUGGAUCCACAAAGAUGAGUCACAGUAUCUUUCACCAAACACUGCUCUGUCAAACUCAAACGGUUGCUGAGCAUCAAAGUAAGCUUAAUUCUCGCGGUGUAACUGCUAAUACUUUAUUCCAGUCGAAGAGUGUUCACAAAGAAAAGAAGCUUUUGCUUUCUACAAAUUUCCGAGGGAACAGAUUGUGUGUUAGGAAACGCAAAUUAGCUAUGGGAAGGAACCGAGCUAUUCCACGCGCUGUGUUAACCACAAAUCCUGCUUCCGAUCUUUCGAAGAAGUUCAACCUGGAUGGAAAUAUUGAGUUGCAGGUCAGCGUUAGUUCUUCAGAACCAGGAGCCGCAACACAAGUAGAUUUGCAGGUUUCAAAUACUAGUGGCUCUAUGCUUUUACAUUGGGGAGUUAUAUGUGAAAGUCAAGGGAAGUGGGUACUUCCUUCUCGUCACCCAGAUAGAACUCAAGUUUAUAAGAAUAGAGCUCUCAGAACUCCUUUUGUAAAAUCUGGCUCAGGAUCCUUACUUAGGAUAGAAAUUGAUGAUCCUGCUGCACAAGCCAUUGAGUUCCUUAUACUUGACGAAGCUCAGAAUAAGUGGUUUAAAAACAAUGGUGAGAACUUUCACAUCAAGUUACCAGUAAAAGAUAAGCUAGCUCCACAAGUUUCAAUUCCCGAAGACCUUGUACAAAUUCAAGCAUAUAUUAGGUGGGAACGAAAGGGUAAGCAGUCGUACAACCCAGAGCAAGAGAAGGAGGAAUAUGAAGCAGCUCGACGCGAACUAUUGGAAGAAGUAGCUAGGGGUACAUCUGUACAAGCCAUUCGUGCAAGGUUGACUAACAAACCUAAUGAUGCUGAAGUGAAGGAGCCUAAAAAAGAUAAUGCUGCGAAAGUAAAGGAACCUUCUGUUUCAGAAACAAAAACCAUCCCUGAUGAACUUGUACAGAUUCAAGCUUUUCUACGCUGGGAAAAAGCUGGGAAGCCUAAUUAUUCUCCAGAACAACAACUUAUGGAAUUUGAGGAAGCAAGAAAAGAAUUGCUAGCUGAUCUUGAGAAGGGUGCUUCUGUGGAUGAGAUACGGAAGAAGAUUACCAAAGGAGAGAUACAAACUAAAGUUUCCAAGCAAUCGAAAACCAAAAAAUACUUUCGUGGUGAAGGAAUACAAAGGAAAAAGAGAGAUUUGACGCAGCUUAUCAACAGAAAUGCUGCUGCAAACAUAGACCAACAAGUUGUCGAUGCUCCAAAGGCUUUGACAAAGGAUUUGACAGUAGUUGAAAGAUAUGCCAAAGCAAGGGAAGAGGAUGAUAAGGGUAGUGUUUUGAAUAGAAAGAUUUUCAAGCUUGCUGAUAAUGAUCUUUUGGUCCUCGUUACUAAAGAUGAUGGUAAGAUUAAGGUUCACCUGGCAACAGACUACAAAUUACCUAUUACACUUCACUGGGCCUUAUCUAGAACAACACCUGGAGAGUGGUUGGCACCACCUGCAAGCUCUCUGCCCCCUGAAUCUGUUAUUAUGGAUAAGGCUGUAGAAACACCUCUUAAAGCUGGCUCUUCAUCUCAUCUUUUUUCCGAGGUCCAGUCCUUGGAUAUAGAGGUCGAUGAUGACACUUUUAGAGGAUUAACUUUUGUCAUUCUAUCAGAUGGAAGAUGGUUAAAGAACAAUGGAUCAGAUUUUUAUAUUGAAUUUGGUGGGAAGAAGAAGAUACAAAAGGGUUUAGGUGAUGGCAAAGGUACAGCUAAGUUCUUGUUGGAUAAAAUAGCAGAAGUGGAAAGUGAGGCACAAAAGUCCUUUAUGCAUAGAUUUAAUAUUGCAUCAGAAUUGAUAGAUGAAGCCAAAAAUGCUGGGCAAUUAGGUCUUGCUGGUAUUUUGGUGUGGAUGAGAUUUAUGGCUACAAGACAGCUCAUAUGGAACAAAAACUACAAUGUGAAGCCACGUGAGAUAAGUAAAGCCCAAGAUAGGCUUACAGAGUUGCUCCAGGACGUUUAUGCAAGUUAUCCACAGUACAGGGAAGUUGUGAGGAUGAUUCUUUCUACUGUUGGCCGUGGAGGUGAAGGUGAUGUGGGACAGCGUAUUAGAGAUGAAAUCCUUGUCGUCCAGAGAAAUAACGAUUGUAAGGGUGGAAUGAUGGAAGAAUGGCACCAGAAGUUACACAAUAAUACUAGUCCUGAUGAUGUUGUAAUCUGUCAGGCACUAAUUGAUUAUUUAAGUAGCGACUUUGAUGUUGGUGUUUAUUGGAAAACAUUGAAUGACAACGGAAUAACAAAAGAACGGCUUUUGAGCUAUGACCGUGGCAUCCAUUCUGAACCAAAUUUUAAGAGAGAUCAGAAGGAAGGUCUUUUGCGAGAUCUGGGAAACUACAUGAGGACAUUGAAGGCAGUUCAUUCAGGUGCAGAUCUUGAAUCUGCUAUUACGAAUUGCUUAGGCUAUAAAUCUGAGGGUCAGGGCUUCAUGGUUGGGGUGCAGAUAAAUCCGGUGCCUGGUCUGCCAUCUGGUUUUAAUGAGUUAGUUCAGUUUGUCAUGGAACAUGUUGAAGAUAAAAAUGUUGAGCCGCUGCUUGAGGGUUUGCUAGAGGCUCGUCAGGAUCUCCGACCAUUACUCAAUAAGUCCCAAAGUCGCCUGAAAGAUCUCUUAUUUUUGGAUAUUGCCCUUGAUUCUACGGUUAGAACAGCAGUGGAAAGGGGGUACGAGGAAUUAAACAAUGCUGGACCUGAGGUGAUUCCCUUUUUUGGGGGUCUAACAGUUCUUAAAAGAUGCUCACUGAAAUUAAUGUACUUUAUCUGCUUGGUUCUUGAAAACCUUGCACUCUCAUCAGACGACAAUGAAGAUCUUAUCUACUGUUUGAAGGGAUGGGGUCUUGCCUCAAGCAUGUGUAAGGAUAAAGACAGUCAUUGGGCAUUGUAUGCAAAGUCAGUCCUUGACAGAACACGCCUUGCACUCACAAACAAGGCAGAGUCAUACCAGAAAAUUCUUCAGCCAUCGGCAGAAUAUCUUGGAUCAUUACUUGGCGUGGAAGAAUGGGCUGUGGAAAUAUUUACUGAAGAAAUUAUCCGUGCCGGAUCUGCUGCUUCUUUGUCUACUCUUCUAAAUCGACUAGAUCCUGUACUCCGAAAGACUGCUAAUCUCGGAAGCUGGCAGGUUAUUAGCCCAGUUGAAGCUGUUGGAUAUGUUGAAGUUGUGGAUGAGUUGCUAGCUGUUCAAAACAAAUCAUAUGAGCGACCUACAAUUUUGAUAGCCAAGAACGUGAGGGGAGAGGAGGAAAUUCCAGAUGGUGCAGUGGCUGUGCUGACACCUGAUAUGCCAGAUGUCCUUUCUCAUGUAUCUGUACGAGCAAGAAAUAGCAAGGUGUGUUUUGCGACAUGUUUUGAUCCCAAUAUCCUUGCUGACCUCCAAGCAAAUAAAGGAAAGCUCUUGCGUUUAAAGCCUACAUCUGCUGAUGUAGUUUAUAGUGAGGUAAAGGAGGGUGAAAUUAAUGAUGACAAAUCAACCGACCUGGUAGAAAUUGGUUCUGUUCCACCCUUAUCUUUGGUCAGAAAGCAGUUCAGUGGUAGAUAUGCUAUCUCAUCUGAAGAAUUCACUGGUGAAAUGGUUGGAGCUAAAUCUCGUAAUAUCUCUUAUUUAAAAGGAAAGGUGCCUUCUUGGAUCGGAAUUCCUACCUCGGUUGCCAUACCAUUUGGGGUUUUUGAACAUGUUCUCUCUGAUAAGUCAAAUCAGGAUGUGGCUGAGAAGGUCAGUAGUUUAAAAAAGAAGUUAACUGAAGGAGACUUCAGUGCCCUCAAGGAAAUUCGUGAAACAGUUUUACAGUUGAAUGCACCACCCAAGUUGGUAGAUGAGUUGAAAACUAAGAUGAAGAGUUCUGGGAUGCCUUGGCCGGGUGAUGAAGGUGAAAAACGCUGGGGACAGGCAUGGAAGUCUAUAAAAAAAGUGUGGGGCUCAAAGUGGAAUGAAAGAGCGUACUUCAGCACAAGAAAAGUGAAACUGGACCACGAAUAUCUUUCCAUGGCUGUCCUUGUGCAGGAAGUGAUUAAUGCUGACUACGCUUUUGUCAUUCACACAACUAAUCCAUCCUCUGGAGACUCUUCAGAAAUAUAUGCCGAGGUUGUAAAGGGACUUGGUGAAACAUUGGUUGGAGCUUAUCCCGGUCGUGCUUUGAGUUUUAUCUGCAAGAAACAUGAUUUGAACUCUCCUCAGGUCUUGGGUUAUCCUAGCAAACCUAUUGGGCUAUUUAUAAGACGGUCAAUUAUCUUUCGAUCUGAUUCUAAUGGCGAAGAUCUAGAAGGUUAUGCUGGUGCUGGCCUUUAUGACAGUGUGCCAAUGGAUGAAGAGGAGAAAGUGGUGCUAGAUUACUCAACAGAUGCACUGAUGAUCGACGGUAGCUUUCGCCAGUCAAUCUUGUCAAGCAUUGCCCGUGCAGGAAAUGCAAUCGAAGAGUUGUAUGGCACUCCUCAGGACAUCGAAGGUGUCAUCAAGGAUGGAAAAGUUUAUGUAGUCCAGACCAGACCACAAAUGUAGGUCUCUAGACUUAACAGCUAAGCCACAUAUCUUAAUUAAGUUCAUCACCAUACUACAUACUACAUGUCAUUUCAAAUCAAACGUGAGUAGCUUCUUGCCAAAUUUAGAGCUACGAAUUACGAAAUUUGGCUUGUACUUUUUAAUAUAAGUGAUUUAUUAAAAAUAAGGAAUAAUUUAUGUGUAACUAAAGAAUAAUGUAAAUACGGAAACAUUAAAAUGGUUCUAGUGUUUGCUCUCUUA